GCGACCAAGGUGGCAGGCAAAGGCUCCGAGGCUUUGCUGCGCAAGAACAUUUUCCAGUUUUCUGUGAGAGGACUCUCGCAAAUGGCUCAUCCGACGGACAUUGCACCAACCAGUGCCAUGCGCAGGCGAGUCGUCGGCUACUUCAAAUCGAAGCAGGCCAUGAGCCGGGGGGAGCCGCAAGCUCAAGAUGGUCAAGAGCCAGGGGAG